GGAUCAAGGCGUCAGGGUAUCAUUGUCACCACCAGGCAGGCCUUGACAUCUGACUGGACUAAGCCCCCCUCGUCCGCUUACCUACUUUAUUAUUGACCCUUGCCUCGCUCUUUUCUCUCUUCCUAGGCAGACCCUCAUGUACCUUGUCUUUUCUUUUUGAUUAUCGCUUUAUUUAUACGCGGAACUCAACAUACAAGACACAAAGCUGUCUGCACCACCUAAACAAUGCAGACUGUGUCAGCAUAAACUGGGACCACCCGAUCAUUUACCGCCGCUACCUCCCACCACCCCUCGAGACCAUCACCCGCACAAUUCUCCCCUGACCGGAACAUCCGGACCAACACCAAACUCUUUCUUCAGGACGUAGACGAGUCAACUGUUUGGUUCUUGUGCAAGUCAUCCAUGGUCAACAUGAGCAUGGAGCCAGGGACGUCUGGGGCGCCAUUGGAAGCGGAAGCUGCCCCCGUCACCGUCAAUGGCGGCACAGCUCCCACUCACACUCCCACGCAGCCUCAAACUUCUACGCUUCCCACGUCGACUGCAUGCCCGCUAUCCCCAUCGGGUCCAUCUACCUCAGCUUCAGCGGUACCCCCCAAGCUCGAUGUUCCCGAUCCCCAGGUCUUAAGCUCAACCCAUUCACAGCCCCACGAGCCCUCCACCACUGCCGCGCAAAAUUCCGACGACAAUGAAGACGACCUCAUUUACGACGACCAAGACGGUGCUCAGUCCUUCAUUCAGCCGGCCAUCAGCGCAAGAGCAGCUCGUCUGACCUCGCCAAACACUCCGGCUGCUGAGAAGGCUGCUGCCAUGGACUAUCUUCCUAGUCUUUUCGAUUUCAUGGAUGACGAAGGCAGGGCUCAGUCUUCAGGAAAGACAUCUGGUAAUCCCAGCCCACCUAUGAGCCCAAGGAAACCACAGAGACGUGGCCAUUUCCGUCAGUCAUCCAGCUCGCGCCUUCCGGACCUUCCAACACCAUGGCGGGCUGAGCCCAAGCAGAUGAUUGUUGGUCAGCCUCAUGGCGCCAAAACCUCCUCCAUGUUCGGCGUGUUUGGGAAUGAGACCAGAUCAUCUCGUGCCGCUUCAGCCGGAGAGAAUGCCCUUAAAAAAUUGUCCAAGGCUCUUCCAUCCAUAUCGAUACCUACGCCCUCGUUCUUUUCCUCCAGCUCUUCUUCUCACAAAGAGUCCACUUCCACUUGGCCGUCAGUGCCACAUCUUCUGAAAUCGUCCACGAUAGCUGGCAUACGGUCAAACCGAGCCCAAACGGGGCCUCCCCUUAACACACCAGGAGGAGCCACGGCUCAAGGUCCCGUCCGGUCAUCAUCUCUAAGAGUCUCAAGGACCCCGACCCUUCGUCACUCUACCUCGGAUGAUUCCCUCUUGUAUCAAUCCUUGACUCGGGUUUCCUCGCUGGGAGAUGAUGAGCGCUUCGCCAAUGUUCGUGAGCAGGUCAACACCAGGAUAAAAGCUAUCAUUGACAGCUUCGAGCCGUCAUUCAAACUCCCUCAACUACCAAAGAGUAUCACAUCGCCAUUGAAGAAAGUGGUUCCUUCGGCAAGUGACUUUCAUAGUACAGAUGGAACACGCUCGGCGCCAGGGCCAAGUAGCCACCGGCCGUCACGGGAGACCGUUCAUCCUCUCGAUGCAAUUCUGGAGACUCUAACAGGAGACAUCGUGGUCAUGGGAGGAUAUCGAGGCUCCAUUCUUCGAUCCGCUGAGCCCCCAUAUCGACAGUUAUGGGUGCCAGUCAAGGUAGGCUUGAACAUCCGCAAAGUGAACAUGGAGGUUGGCCUGGAGCCCGAGGAUGAGGAGAACAUGGAGAAAUACAUAUUUGCCUCGGGCAUGCUCCAGAAUAUUGGACCCAUUGAUAUUUCAAGAAAAUUAUUUAGGAAGCUCCGGGAGUGUGAGAACUCUGUAAAUGGCAAACUCAGAGUCCAUGACUAUGGCUACGACUGGCGAUUAAGCCCUCAUCGCCUCUCCAAAAAGCUGAACGAAUUCAUUGAAAAGCUUCCAUCUAACCAGCCUCACGUACCACCCGAACAAAGAGGCGUCUGGGUCAUCGCGCACAGUCUCGGCGGUCUUAUCACCCGACACGCCGUCAACCAGCGCCCAGAACUUUAUUCAGGGAUUGUAUACGCCGGAGUUCCCAACCGCUGCAUCAAUAUAUUGGGUCCUUUACGCAAUGGAGAUGCAGUUCUUUUCAAUGAGACUGUCUUAAAAGCGCAGUCUAAUUUCUCAUUCCGAAGCAGUUUCAUCUUCUUACCUGAAGAUGGUUUCUGCUUUGUUUCCAAGGACAACAAGGAAGAGUAUCCGGUAGAUUUCUACAAUGUAGACGAUUGGAUCAAAUACCGCCUCUCUCCUUGUGCCGGUGGACCUGCCCUCCCGCCUCUGAACCCGUCCAAGAGCACCGGCGCCCUCGGCAGUCUUCUGAGUCUAUCCGACUCCUUCCCCAACCUCUCUAGCCUCCCUUUCCGUGGUCGCAGCAACAGCGGGAAGAACCGAACUAGCGACGACGGCGACGACAAUAACAACAACAACAACAGCAGCAGCAGCAGCAGCAGCAGCAACAACAAACAUAUCACCGCAAGCUUCUCACCCUCCAACACAGUCUUCAAAGAUCGCACCCUUGCCCCGCAAAUGGGUUCUUCCUCAACCGCCACCGAUACCCCUGAAACCAACCCACAACAACCAGCUGCACCGCCAAUCAACGGCACCCCCUCCUCCCACUCCCAAGCCAUCCGCUACCUCGAGCGUACUCUGCGCGAAACCAAACAAUUCCGCUCCGAACUGGCCCACAACCCUUCGCACCAGCAUCGCAACACCUACCCUCCGCUCGCCGUGAUCUACGCCAAGGACAUACCUACCGUGUACGCCGCCCGGGUGACCUGUCGGGACGCCAUCGCCUGCACGGAUGCGUACGACGACUUGAUGUUUGCCAGCGGUGAUGGGGUGGUGCUGGCGCGCGAAAGCAUGUUACCCGAGGGGUAUGAGCUGGUCAAAGAUGGACGGGUGUGUACGGAUCGGGGGCAUGUCAGUAUGUUGGGGGAUUUGGCGGCGGUGGGGAGAGCGUUGGAGGCCGUGGUGAGGGGGAGGAGGAAGGGGAUUGGAAGAGGUGGGGUGGAAGAAGGGGAGGCAGAAGCGGUAGAGGCAGAGAAGGCAGAAGCGGUAAAGGCUUUGGGUGGUGAAGGCGAGGGAGAAGGGAAUAGUGUUGGGAAUAAUGGAGUCGAGUUGCAAAGGACUGAGCAAGGGACGGCGGUAGCGGAGAGGGAUUAGAAGUUUCAGUCGCAGUUUCAAUUGGUGAAGAGGAGGGGGUCCUCGAAGAGGAAAGAAACCCAGAAGGGUCGGGUUGGAAGUUGGUGUUGGGAAGGGGAGGUGCCAAGAGUAGGGAGAGAAAGAAAUAUGGAAAGGAGAAGGAGGAGUUGAAUUUGUUGAGUUGAGAUACCCCGGAAUAGAGAACGAAGAGUGAAGCGAAGAAGGACUUGCACGGGGACCGGUAUGACUGAAUGUUUCAGGCAUAUGUGUGGUGUUGGUUGGGUUGGCUGUUGCGAGCACGAAACUGUCAGGCGUCAUGAAGGAUCGGUCUUUUUUUCAUCACGUUAGUUAGACUGGUAUGGACGAUAUGAUGAGCAUAGAGGUAAAAGUAGAAAGAUACCUAGAACAAGAGUUACAUUCUUCCGGUUAUGAUCUUCCUCUUCGACUAGCAGGAAUCGACUGGAAGGAGGGAUAAGUCGGA